UACAGGAUUACUGACAUAAUGCCUGAUAGCUGAUGAGUUUCAUACAUUAAUCGUUGCUUCCUGCUGUUUUUUGGGGGGGGAGUUGCCAUGGUUUCGGUUUGCCGGUGUUGUCUUUGGUUGCCUUCACAGCUUCUCCUCCUCCUCCUGCUGCUGCUGCGGUGGCCCGGGCUGCUGGUGGCCGCAGAUCAGCUUGCUUUGGUGGAGGUUUUCCUGGAGCAGCAGCCCGCUGCAAGCGCCCUUCUCCGGGGGGAGGUGGUGGAGUCCGGCAGAGGCAGCAGGAGCUCAGAAAGCCGAAACGAGGAGCUGGAAGGGAACCUGGUGUUGGUUCGAGAUGAUGAGACGCAGCAAAGCAGCGGAGGAGGAGAUGAGGACAACAGCAACCAGCAGGAGCCUUGGAUCGGGGUUGUACCCAUGGAGAUGGAUGACAGCAAAGCCUCCACUGGGAACCAGGAGUCGUUUGCAGAUGCAGUGGUCAAUAAGAUGAAGCGAGCUUUGGUCCUUGGAGCAUCAGCACUGAUCAUCUUGGCUCUCAACCAGAACACAGUCAGCGAGAUGGAUUUGUCUCAGGUUCUCUCCAAGCCCAUCAUAGUGAUCCAGACAUCGGAAAAUGUCACCAAGCUGAUUGGAGCUCUGCUAAGGGGUCUACGGGCGACGGCAAAAAUCACAUAUGAGACGAUCCUACAGGACAACUUGGGAGCCACGCUCACCCUGUGGUCCAGCUGCGGCCGAUCGAGGGGAGGUGUGUACGGAGAGUGGCAGGGGGUCAUCUGCACGGGAGAGACCAACUCUCAGGUCCAGAAGUACUUGCAGCAGCUGUGGGACACCGUCCUCCUGGUGGCUCUGAUCCUCUGUACCGGAGUCAUUGUCCAGGCUCGCUGGCAGUAUCAGGUCAACCAGCUGAACGACAACUCAGAGCUUCUUCCCAAGCAGGACAUUCUGAAGAAAAUGUCGUCUCUGAAAACCAAAACAUACCGUCGGCCCAAACCCUGGUGCGACCCGGCCCAGCAGACAGAGGCGGAGAACUGUGCCGUCUGCCUGGAGCCGUUCAACAACAACCAGUGUCUGCGGGUGCUGCCGUGUCUACAUGAGUACCACAGGGAUUGCAUCGACCCCUGGCUGCUACUGCAGCACACCUGCCCUCUGUGCAAACGCAGCAUCCUCAACAGCGUCUGCAGAGACAGUUAACGGCCGUUUCACCUCCUGCAUACGCUCCAAACUGACCUCAUCCUAACUCUUCCUCCUUCCGGCUCCGCAGCCUGGCAGCAGAUCCAACCUUAAAGCAGCAGCUGAUCGGCCUCAUCCAAGCUGGCGGUAGAAAAGCCGUGUCAUGAAGUAGUGUGAUGAUACUGUUGUGCUCUCCCUGGGAAUGUCUGUUACUUUAAAAACGUGGGGAUUAUUUCCAGAAGUGAUCAUGUGAGUCGUUUCAGUCCAGACUGGUGAACAUUUAAUGUGUACAAACAGAAAACCUUUGUGUGUUUAUUGGCUUCAUGGACAGACUGUUGCUGUUCUCCUUAGCUCCUAAACGGACGUUAACACCUGGGCGAUCAGGGUGACCCAGUUGGCUGCUUUGAUUCUGUUAUCACCUUGACUUUGUGUGCUUUUUAUUUCCCUUCCAUACUUUAAAAUGAGCACUUCUGUUCAGAUGUUUACAUACAUCAUGGAACGUCUUUCUUCCAGAGUGAAAAGAUUAACUUACUGAUAUUGCUUAAACAUACUGGAACAAGUCACUAAUUUUGGGCUAAAUCUCCCAUAAAAAGAUUGUGCAGUCAGCAAGUUUAAGAAAAAAUUACAGAAAUUGAUUGGUUUCCUAAUCCAUCUUCCAAAGAGUCUAAAAGAAUUCUAAUUUUUCACAUAUAUGCUCAGUGUUGGCCUGAUUAAUUCUGUGCGGAAGCAGUUUUGAUAGGACCUGUGCCCAAUAGAAGAAACUAAUUAUUUCUAGGUUAAAACAAUAUGAGACAAACUGUCCCAAUCAGUUAUUUGGAACCUGAUCAGGGUGAUCUGGAAAGACUAAGAACGAGAGGAGAACUCUAGUGUCACCACCAACGAUGAAGCACAUCUCAGUUUCCACCUGGAAAAUAGCCACCUUAAAACAAACUGUUCAAGAUGAGAUUAAAUUCUUUCUAAUAAGCUAUUUUCAAUCAACCUCAAGAUGAAAGGUUCAGGACAUAAGCUUCACCUCAACAAUAAAUGUGAAAGGAGGAGCUGGUGGAUGGGUUUCCAACCUGUGAGAACUGUAGCAACUUUGAAGCAUGGUGGGGGUCACGUCAUGCUAUGGUACUUUCUUGCUCUUGGUGGUCCUCUUGCAUUGCAAAAGGUUGGUGGAUUGAAAAAGAAACACCUUUAAAUUCAUCUCUAAUCAUCAGCUAGAUAAUCUUGGCUGACACAUGAAGACAGCUUCCAGGAAGCAGGCUCGGUAAUACUUUAAUGAUGGGUGAAGUUUGUUUGAAAGUCCAGUUAAUGGCAUGAAGCUUGUUUACGGCUCAAAAAAAAAUAAAAAAUACAGACCAAGUG